CCUUUUUCUCCAUUUUCUUCAAUUUCAUUCACUUGUACAGACUAUCCCAUAGAUAUGGUGGUGACCCUCUUGCAGUUCCAGCUUGUUGUCACAGCUUUCUGAUUCUACCAGCCACUGCUUUCCCGAGGGCUUGUGAGUGGUGAUUGUUCAACUACACAUUGAACUGCAGUUAAGAAGUUUUUCUUUGAAAGGAGCCUUAUAUUUGCUGCAGCAAUGAAAGGAAAAAACAGGAGAAGUGGUGGUGGUGUCCAUAUGGAAUACCUAAUUCACAUUCAGGAGAUAAAGCCUUGGCCCCCUUCGCAAUCUCUCAGAUCGCUUCGUUCUGUGUUGAUACAAUGGGAGAAUGGUGAACGCGCUUCAGGGUCUACUGCUCUUGUUUCCCCUUCUCUCAGUCCUAGUUCUGUUGCUGGUGAAGGAAAGCUCGAGUUUAAUGAAUCAUUUAAGCUUCCUGUAACUCUGUCAAGGGAUAUGUCUAUAAGAAAUAGCACUGCCGAGGUGUACCAAAAGAAUUGCUUGGAGUUCCACUUGUACGAGACUCGAAGAGACAAAACUGUUAAAGGGCAGUUGCUGGGGACUGCCAUCAUAGACUUGGCAGAUUGUGGUGUACUUAGAGAGACUUUGAGCAUUCGUACACCAUUGAACUGCCAGAGAAACUACAGAAACACGGAUCAGCCACUUUUGUUCGUUCAAAUUGAGCCUGUUGAAAAGAGUCACCCUAGAUCUUCUUUGAAAGACAGCUUCUCAAAGGUGGAGCCAAAGGACAAUAAUGGCAAUGAAUCUGUAUCAUCAUUGAUGAAUGGAGAGUAUGCUGAGGAAGCUGAGGUUGCCUCUUUUACUGAUGAUGAUGUUUCCUCUCAUUCAUCUGCGGCUGCAGUCACUACUUCCUCUGAUGUUUCCUCUCAUUCAUCUGUGGCUGCAAUCACUACUUCCACUGAGUCUAGCGCAUGUAUGCCUCCUGCACAGGAGAGUGCACCAAAUGGAUCAUUGCAAAACAGUGGUACAAAUGACAAGGGGUAUCAUCCAUUGGCCUCAGAGACAAGAGUUGAGAAUUUGAAUGUGAUGGAGCAAGAUGCACAUGAGACACUGGAGAGGAGUUCUUCUUAUGUGUCAUCCAUGGAUGUGUUCUCAGAAGUUGGGAGUCCAGUAAAUGGUCAUACCUCUAACAUAAGCACUACCCAUUAUAGAUCAGUGACAACCCCAAAGCAGGUUGCUUCUUUUAAUGCCGACUCUUCUCCAAGCUUAGAGGAAAAUUCUAAGAGCAGGUUGAAAAGCAGUGAGCAUGAAAAUUUGAAUCAGGAGGGUAGUGAAAAAGUUGCCAAUUGCAGAGAAAAGGGUACAGGUGUUCAAAUAAACAGUAAUGAAAGUGAUUUUGACAUCUAUUCUGGAAACAUUACAUCUGUAGGUAGAGAUUACCUCAACAAUAAUCCAAGAUUUGGUUUGGAAACCAAAAACAACUUAAGUGAGAGAUCUGAGGAAGUAGAUAAAAGUCUGCAGGAGGGGCGAAGUGAUACGUAUUACAGUUCCAUUGAGGAUAAGGAUGGAAAUGAGUCGUUGCAUUUUGAUGAGCUGUAUCUUGUUGAAGAUGAACCAGUGGUGCAAUAUGCAAAAGACCAAGCUUUAUUGGGUAGCAAUUUAUAUUUUUUGGGCGGGUCAGAUAAUGGUAUGAAAGGCAGUUUUAUGAAAAAGGAAAGAUUAAAGCAUGUUAAGUCUGUAAGGUCAUCAGCAGACUCAGCUAGGAGUAUUGGGCCACUUGGUAACAAUCAGCUCGCUGAGGUAAAGGAAAAUGGUGUUAAUGGAGAUGUCCAAAAUAAUGGAGGGAACAUUCAAAGCAGUGACAGAAAAGAUGCCAAGGUUUAUCCAAGGGAAGCCAGAAAUGCCAUUUUAGACAGCAAGAUUGAACAAAUGGAAAACAAGAUAAAGAUGCUUGAAGGAGAGUUAAGAGAAGCUGCUGCUAUUGAGGCUGCUUUAUUUUCAGUAGUUUCCGAACAUGGAAGCUCAAUGAGUAAAGUUCAUGCCCCAGCUCGGCGCCUUUCCAGGCUGUACCUUCAUGCUUGUAAAGAAAAUCUUCAAGCAAGAAGGGUUGGGGCGGCUAGAAGUGCUGUUUCAGGAUUAGUCCUCGUUGCGAAGGCAUGUGGAAAUGAUGUCCCAAGGUUGACAUUUUGGCUGUCUAAUUCUAUUGUGCUGAGAACAAUAAUAAGCAAAACUACCAAAGACAUGACACCAUCUAAUACUUCUGGAUCUAGAACAAAAAGGAAGAAUGGAGAGGUGAAAGUUGGAAAGGUAACACAACCACUAAUAUGGAGAGGGUUCUCUCCUAGGAAAAACGAUUACAUGGCUUUUGAGAAUGGAGGUAUAUGUAACUGGGAUGACCCAAAUGUGUUCACCUCAGCACUGGAAAAGGUAGAAGCUUGGAUCUUUUCUCGCAUUGUGGAAUCUAUUUGGUGGCAGUCUUUGACUCCAUGUAUGCAGAAUUCUGAUGCCAAGGUCACUCGUAAAGAUUCUUCAAAAAACUAUACAAAUAUGUCUGGCUCAUGUGACCAAGAUCAGGGAAAUUUAUCGCUAGAUAUUUGGAAGAAUGCUUUUAGAGAAGCCUGUGAAAGGCUAUGUCCUAUCCGCGCUGGAGGGCACGAGUGUGGUUGUUUGUCUGUGCUGCCUAGAUUGAUAAUGGAGCAGUGUGUGGCAAGAUUGGAUGUUGCUAUGUUCAAUGCCAUUCUUCGGGAGUCUGAUGAUGGUAUUCCAACCGAUCCUGUAUCUGAUCCCAUUGGUGAUCCCAAGGUUCUCCCUAUUCCACCCGGUAAAUUGAGCUUUGGAUCUGGUGCACAGCUAAAAACUGCGAUUGGUAACUGGUCUAGAUGGCUAACUGACCUAUUUGGUCUGGAUGACGAUGAUUCACAUGAUAGAGAUGAUGAUGACCUUGACAGCAAUGAUGGAAGUCAAAAUACAUCCUUCAAAUCCUUCCAUCUUCUUAAUGCAUUAAGCGACCUUCUGAUGCUUCCUAAGGAUAUGUUGUUAAAUGCCUCCAUUAGGAAAGAGGUGUGCCCAAUGUUUACUGCACCUCUAAUCAUGAGGAUACUAGACAAUUUUGUCCCAGAUGAGUUUUGUCCUGAUCCAAUUCCUGAUGAUGUUUUUGAAGCUCUGGACUCACAGGAUGAUCUUGAUGAUGGAAAUGAGUCUGUCAACAAUUUCCCAUGCAGUGCAACUCCCAUUGCAUAUUCACCUCCACCAGCAACUACCAUUACAAGCAUUACGGGUGAGAUUGGAAGUGAGUCUCAGCUUAGAAGAAGCAAAUCUUCCAUUGUUAGGAAGUCAUACACCAGCGAUGAUGAGCUCGAUGAACUAAACUAUCCAUUAUCUUUAAUAUUGAAUAGUGGCUCCUCACCAGCAUCAACAAAGUCCAAUUGCAAGUGGAAAGAGAGUCGCGAUGAAUCUGCCAUUAGAUUUGAACUUCUUAGGGAUGUUUGGAUGAACAGUGAAUGA